AUGGCCAAUACAAGCGCUACUAUACCUGAGAUCUUGCCAGCAGCCCUUGAGUCAUUAUUUCCGGGCUUUUCUCUCUUUGCCCGAAUUGUCUCCUUCUAUCUUCCUAUCGACAUAUCCUCAUUCUCGGUUUACCUCUUCAUCCUUGCCGUUUUACCUUUAUUAUUCGGCUUUGUCCUUCCUCGGUUCCUCGACAGUCUCCAACAAGUGCUCCUUUGCUUUACCGCAUCUAUCGAGAUCCCAUACCAAGAUAGAUUGCAUACCCAGUUCACGCAAUGGAUGUCAAGGAAUGAUUCAUUGAAGCGAAGCCGGCGUUCUAUUGCCCGAGCAAAAGAUGCUAUCACUUUCCCCUGGCAAUAUGAGGAAGACGACGGGGACGAAAAUGAAGAUCCUGUCCAAGACCAAGUCAAUUUUGAAAGUGAUAGAGAGAGUUUCUGGCUCUCUCUAAAAAGGGGGAUGGACAUAAAGCCAAUCCGUUGCACUCCUAGCAGGAAUAAGCUACAUUUCUUCCGGUACGAAGGAUACACCCUCGCUCUCUGUCGAUAUCCACACGAAAACCGUAACAAUAUUUUAUUCGCGAAUGCCGAAACCGUCACGAUUUACACUUGUUUUUGGAACAGAAAAGUGCUGUUGACUUUCUUACAAGAGGUACAACGAGCCUCCCUCGGACGGAAGAAGAAGAAAAUCACAAUCUAUCGCGGUAUCACUCAACAGAAAACAGUCAGCUGGGUUUCGACUACCUCAAGGCCUCCACGUCCACUAUCAACGCUGGCAUUGGAUCUAUCUAUUAAAGGGAACUUCCUGAAGGAUAUCGAGACAUUCCUGAGCCCGGGAAGCCAAGUCUGGUAUCGGUCUCGGGGCUUUCCUUACCGCCGAAGUUACAUUUUUUACGGUCCCCCUGGAACAGGGAAAUCUAGUAUGUGUUUUGCGAUAGCUGGGUGCGUUUGGCUUGAUAUAUAUUGUAUCAGCCUAAACUCUCCGAGGCUUGAUGAGGAUGGGUUGGCGAGUCUUUUCCAAGAUCUCCCAGAACGCUGCAUAGUCCUUCUCGAGGAUGUGGACACUGCCGGGCUCCGCAGAGUGAACAAUCUAAAUACUCCAGGACAUUCCAAUAAUAGUGAGCUGCAGAAUUCCUCUGGGGAUGACCAAACCGCUGGGAUUACUUUAUCAGCCCUUCUGAAUUGUCUUGAUGGCGUUGGAGCACGUGAGGGUCGUAUCCUUAUUAUGACCACCAAUCACAUUGAAAAGCUCGAUGAAGCUCUAACACGGCCAGGUCGUGUGGACAAAUCUUAUCACUUUGGGUUUGCGGAUGUAACGUGCAUUAAACAGCUCUUCUAUAUGUUCUUUGAAGGAACGCUUGACGAGGACACACUUGCCUCGUCGCAUGACACUAGCAAGGAAUCGACAGAUCAUUUGGCAAAGAAGAAGAGCAUCCUAGGCCUCUGUGACCAAUUUGCAGGGAUAGUCCCUUCUGGUCAAUUUACUGCGGCGGAAAUCAAUAACUAUCUGAUGAAUUUCAGGGAUAAGCCUAGUGAGGCCGUUGCAAAGGCCCAAGACUGGGUCAGGUACAAGCAGAAGAACUCUGUUAUGCAGCAAGACUAG